UCACAAUGUGUUGUGAGUGCCUGAGAUGAAAGACCCAGUUUUGCCCCACUGGUCUGUUUCGCUACUGAAAUGAGGGAAGUAGGCCUUGAUGGCAAGAGCUGAGUGACAGAAUGAGAGAGAGAGAGGCACUAACACCUCCGCGAGAGAGACUAAAUAUGCUAAUGAAUGAUGAUGAACCAUUCUUUCUCAGAAACAACUUGUUGUUUUCCUGAAGGUCACAGAGUUUGAAGAGUGUGAGGGGGGCGUCAGAAGCAGCUUCUGCCGUAGCAGACAUCCUAUCUGAAACACAGGCCAGGUCUACACUACAGACUUAUAUCGGUAUAACUGCAUGGCUCAAGAGUGUGAAAAAUCCACACCCCUGAACGACGGGGUUAUACCAACCUGGCAGCCUAGGGUUACCAAUUUUGGUUGAACGUAUUCCUGGAGGUUUCGUCACAUGACAUAAUCUUUCAUUAAAGAUUAUCUUUAAUUCCUGGAGACUCCAGGACAACCCUGGAGGGUUGGCAACCCUAACCUGGCCCCUGGUGUAGACAGCAUUGUUUCGACAGAAGCUCUCCCGUUGGUGUAGUCGUGUCUUUACUAAAGCACCUCAGCAGCACUGCACAUGAAGACAAGCCCACAAACACACACUGCAUUAGCCCAGAGGUAAACAGGUGAAGGUGACAGUUGUUUUGAGUCUUCCCUUCAUUUUUCAGUUCUGCACAGGCAACAAUGUCACGGACUACUAUGACUCCAACGUCACUGUCGAUUACAACAUGUUCGAGAGUCUCUGUGAGAAGGCGGAGGUCCGGAGCUUCCGCGCUGCAUUCCUCCCAGCUAUGUACUCAUUCAUCUGCUUUGUUGGGCUCCUGGGGAACGGGCUGGUGAUGCUGACCUACAUCUACUUCAAGAGGCUCAAGACGAUGACCGACAUCUACCUGCUGAACCUGGCUUUAGCGGACAUCCUCUUCCUACUGACACUCCCCUUCUGGGCCACGAGUGCAGCCAAGUACUGGCUUUUUGGGGAGUUUGCCUGCAAAGCCGUCUACUGCAUCUGCAAGAUGAGCUUCUUCAGCGGGAUGCUGCUGCUCCUGGCCAUCAGCAUUGACAGGUACUUCUCCAUCGUCCAGGCCGCCUCCGCCCACCGUCUCCGCUCCCGCAUGAUCUUCAUCAGCAAGAUCACGUGCUUCUCCAUCUGGAUCCUGGCCUUUGUCCUCUCCAUCCCAGAACUGGUCCACAGUGGAGUGAACUCAUCCGAGACCCCCCGCUGCUCCAUCAUUGCCACCACCGACUUGCACAAGUUCGACACCGGCAUCAAAGUGUCCCAGAUGGUCUUUGGCUUCCUAGUACCCCUGUUGGUCAUGUCCUUCUGCUACUUUGUCAUCGUCAAGACCUUGCUCCAGGCCCGUAACUUUGAGAAGAACAAGGCCAUCAAGGUCAUCAUCGCUGUGGUGAUAGUCUUCAUCGUCUUCCAGCUGCCUUACAAUGGCGUCAUGUUGGCCAAGACCAUCUCAGCUUUCAAUAAUACUGACAGCCAGUGUGAGAAGAGUAAGCAGCUGGACGUGGCAGACGACGUGACCUACACUCUGGCCUGCUUCCGCUGCUGCCUCAACCCCUUCCUCUAUGCCUUCAUUGGCGUCAAAUUCCGCAACGACCUCUUCAAGCUUCUCAAGGAGCUGGGUUGCCUGAGCCAGGAGCGGCUCUGGCAGCUGUCGUCCUGCAGGGAGAACAGGCGGUUCUCCAUUGCUAUGGAGACAGAGACAACCACCACUUUCUCACCAUGAGGUGUGUUCUGUGCCUGCUUUGACCGGGCCAAGGUUGGUGUAUUCCUGCAUCUUGCAGCCAUCUUGAAUUACUGAUUUGAGCAGGUCCAACCUCACGUUGUCCAGAGAGCUGUAUCCGUGCAGAACAAAAACUGUUAACUUCCCCACAUUUCAGGAAAUCCAGGCAGGUAUACAGUACUCCAUGUUGGAGAGACUCGGCUAAGGCUACAACAGAGUACUAAACUGGGGAGCAAUUAGACCUCGUGUUAAUUGUUCUAUUUCCCCUCAGAUCCAUUUGGGCAUCAUUCCUCCUUGCUCCAAUAUAAAACCUUUUUCUUAUUUGUGUUACAGCUCAGCUCUCCGGAGCACCACCUUGCUUUGAAUGCCACAUUUAACAAGACUGCAUUUUGCUCUUUCUUACGCACACAAACUUUGUAGCAACGAGCAAGCUAGUAAGACAGAAAGGGACCAAGCCGUGCCUCAAACUCCAAGCUCAGCACAAUACAUGGUAUAAGCUAGCAUUGACUUCUGAUUCUUGAUUAGGCUUCAGUUGCUGGAACGCUGGAAUGAAUCAGUAUCUCUAGCAUCAAGAAAAGGAGGACUUGUGGCACCUUAGACUUUGAAUGCAUCCGACGAAGUGAGCUGUAGCUCAUGAAAGCUUAUCCUCAAAUAAAUUUGUUCGGCUCUAAGGUGCCACAAAUACUCCUUUUCUUUUUGCGAAUACAGACUUACACGGCUGCUACUCUGAAACCUGCAACUCCCAGUUCCCUUCUCCCCACUCCAAAAGUCAGAUUUGCAUAAUUAACCCUAAAACUACAGAUUUUUAAAAUGCAUAAGUUUGAGAACAGUCAAUGUUAAUGCAAAAUCUCGAAAGUUUGCCGGGGGGAAACAAUGGCUUUCAAUUCACUUUGCUUGUGCUGAGAUUUUGGGUUUCACCUGUAAAGUUCCAUAUAGUUUAAGGCUUGUGCAUCACUGGAGGCAGCCUCUUCGCUAUGGCAGUGAAUUAAGCUAAACUGCACCGCGGCCACUUCAGUACUGAAUGAGAGGGUUUGUCUACAAGGGGAGACUCCAGAUAGAUAAUCCAAAUUAACUAACGGUGUGAAUUUAAAAUGGAUUAGUUAAACCACAUUAAACCCCUAUGUGGACACUUCUGAAUUAAAAUAGCCUUAAUUUGAUUUGAUUUAAUUCAUUAAUGCACUUUAACUAAUCUGCUUUAACUUCACACCUGUAGUUAAUUUGGAUUUACUUUCCUGAGCGUCCCUGCAUAGACAAGCCCUCGGUGUUUGUAAACUACCAGUUGAAAAUAUCUGGGGCACAACUGCAUGAUCCUGAAAAUGGGGCCAGAGUACUCUGGCCCCAAUCUAACAUGAUACUUAAGCAUAUACUUAAUUUUAAGCACCCGGACAGUCCCCAGCCCCUGCCGCCCCAAUGAAGUCAAAUAGGAUUACUCACAUGCCUGACUUUAAGCACAUGUGUAAUAAGCAUUUUGCUGGACUGGGCCAAAGUGCUUAGCAGGAAUGAGUCCAGGGCCCCUAUAGCUAUAUAAUAUAUAUUUCUCAGUGGAGGGCUCUCAUCUGGAAUUUGUUUCUGCCCUUGAUUUGACCGCUCAUGUAUGCCAAGCUUUGGAGCCUGUCAUAAAGGCUGCUCAGGCUUUUCAUGAGAUGGGAGGCAGGUUUUCCUCACGGAGGAGCGUUCUUUAUUCUCACUUGCUGACCUCAGUUUAAUAGAGGAACAUGUGGAUGCGAGUUCGCCACCCAACCUCUCUUUUCCCUAGAAGAAGCUGUAAUAGGUGCCUUUUGAUAAAGCAAGGGAAAUUUUAAAAAAUAAACCUCCAUAAACUCCUGAAAGCGCAUCUUAUAUUCAUACAGUCAGUGCUAUUAACGGUGCUCUUUGUUACAGCUUGAUUCGAAAGGGGCAGCCAGCCACGUGGCCGCGGCAGAUAAGCAAUAGAUUACUGUCAUGUAAACUAAGACAUGGAAAAGAAGCCCAGAGUGUAAUGCCAGUUGGUGCAUUUAGUGGAAGCCUGAAGGACUCAAAUUUGCGGAGGAACAUCCUGGGAAUUGCUGUCAUGGGAUGGCUGAAUGUCAAUGGAGUAGGAGUCUCUGUAAUUCAGUCUGCCAUUGCAGCUGUUCUGACUACAGAGAUGUAAUCACUAAAGCACACAGAGAGACAGGUCUCCCUUGAACCAGUUACCGAGGGCAAAAGGUCCUGGCAUUACCCCAGCAUCUGUGGGAGGGGCCGUCUUACAACAUCCGAGUGACACAGAAGGAAGCUCCUAACUCCCAUCCUCUUGGCACACUAAACCCAAAUUCUGCCCUCCCUGGCAAGAAGCCAAACAGCCUCUAGCUGAUCCUUCUUGCACCCGGCUACACAAUAGUUCACUAUAAAAAUAACCCUCUUGAAAGCUUUUGAUCGGGGGCAAGAGAUUUCAGUAAAGGAUACACUGCCUUAAAGGAGAAAACAAAUUCUGCUCUGCACAGUUGAUGUAUUUAGGAUUAUAAACAAUCAAAUAGGAUUGUGUAGUGUUUCAUGGUGCCCAUGUCUCUUGCCUAAUGAGUGCUGCUUUCUUAGUAGCCCUAAGUAAUAGGGGCUGUGAACUGACACACUGGAUAUUUAGUUUUUUUUGGUUUGAUCCUGCUCUCCUUAUUCAGGAAAGCUACCAAUCAUCUCUCAAUGUGUUUGCCAGAGCAAGGAAUAAGUCUAAUACAGGGUCUUAUUUUGGUGCAUCAAUAGGAUUGACUUGUACUGUAUAUUCAGAUAAAGUUGCUAUAUGUAGAACAAGAGAGGUGAAUUUGUACAUGAAUGUAUUCUGUAAGGCUGUACUGCCUAGAAACAGGGUUUGUCGAUACAAACAAUUCAUUUAUGGGAACCCGGGGGGUGAAUCUUCCCUGCACUAAUCUGUUGUGGACUAAUUUGUUCGAGUACACACCGCAGAUUUGCAUUAACAGUUUUGUUAAUGUGCUUUGAUCUAAUCCUCUUUGAAAUGGGACUAGAUCAAAGCACAUUAACAAACGGUUAACGUGAACUACCAAGGCCUACGCCAACAGUCAGUCUGUGGCAGACAAGUGCUGGGUAGAGUCCCGCUGCGGCUUGCUGAGAACCAUUUGUGGAGACAAGCCCUAAGUUUUUUCUGGCCUAAACAUGUUCAAGCGAAUUCAUUUUUCAUUUAAAAAAACUGUCACCAAGAAAAUGCAAUUGUAAUUUUAUCAAGUCUUAUAACAACAACAUAUGAAUGGCCAUAUGGGGUCAAACCGAUGGUCCAUCUGGCCCAGUAGGCUGUCUUCCGCCAGUGCCAGAGGGAGUGAAUAGAACAGAGCAACUGAGUGAUCCAUCCUUUGUCAUCCAGUCCCAGCUUCUAGCAGUUGGAGGUCUACGGACACCCAGAGCAUGGGGUUGUGUCCCUGACCAUCUUGGCGAAUAGCCACCGAUGGAUCUACCCUCCAUGAAUUUCUCGUUCUUUUUUGAGCCCAGUUAUAUUUUGGCUGUCACAACAUUCCCUGAAAUGAGUUCGGCAGGUUGACUGUGCAGUCUGUGAAGAAAUACUUCCUCUUAUUUGUUUGAAACCUACAUCCUAUUAAUUUCAUUGUGUUAAGUGAAGGGGUAAAUAACACUUCCCCAUUCACUGUCUCCACACCAUGCAUGAUUUUAUAGACCUCUGUCAUCUCCCCUCGUAGUCAUCUCUUUUCCAUGCUGAUUAGGCCAGUCUUUUUAAUCUCUCCGCCUAGGAAAGCCAUUCCAUACCCAUAUCCAUUUUGUUGCCCUUCUUUGUACUUUUUCCAAUUCUAAUAUAUGUUUUUUGAGAUGGGGCAAUCAGAACUGCACAUAGUAUUCAAGUUGUGGGCAUACCAGGGUUUAUAUAGUGGCGUUAUAUUUUCUGUCUUAUCUAUCCUUUUCCUAAUGGUUCCAAACAUUGUUUGCUUUUUUGACUGCCAUUGCAUGCUGAGUAGAUGUUUUCAGAGAACUAGCCAUGAUGACUCCAAGAUCUUGCUCUUAAGUGGUAACAGCUAAUUUAGAUCCUAUCAUUGUGCAUCUAUGGUUGGGAUUAUGUUUUCCAAUGUGCAUUACCUUGCAUUUAUCAACACUGAAUUUCCAUCUGCCAUUUUCUUGCCCAGUUGUCCAGUUUUGUGAGAUCCCUUUGUAGCUCUUCACAUCAGCUUUAGACUUAACUAACUUGAGUAAUUUUGUACCAUCUGCAAACUUUGCCACCUCACUGUUUACCCCUUUAUGAAUGUAUGUUGAACAGCACUGGUCCCAGUACAGAUCCUUGUGGGACCCCACUAUCUGCCUCUUUCCAUUAUGAAAACUGACCCUUUAUUCCUACUGUUUGCUUCCUGUCUUUUAACCAGUUAUCCUACGACUCCUUACUUUGCUUAAGAGCCUUUAGUGAGGGACCUUGUCAGAAGGCUUUCUGAAAGUCCAACUACCCUGUAUCCACUCGAUUGCCCUAUGUUUGUGAACACCCUCAAAGAAUUCUAGUAGAUUGGUGAGGGAGGAUUUUCCUUUAUAAAAGCCAUGUUGAUUCUCAAUCCUCAUUCCAUUCUCUGAAAUGAGGACAUACUUCAAGCCCUUAUGGCAUCAGUGCCUACAUGAGACAGAUUAUUAAAGGAAUAUUAGCAGAAUGCUGGGUAAAGUUACACACAAAUUAUGUAGAUACAGAAGAGCCAGAUACUUAAACAUUUGGACCAAGAUCUUUUGCAAGUGGUGGGCCUUAAGUUAGGCUCUAAGUCCACAUUAGGCAUUUGGCAAGUCAGGCCACAUGUCUAAGAGUGCUGAGCACUUCAGCUCUCAUAAAGCGGAGUACAAAAUCUCGAUAAUACAGGGCUCUUCAAUCUACCAGACAAAGGUCUGAUAAGAUUCAAUGGCUGGAAGUUAAAGCUAGACAAAUUUAGACUGGAACUAAGCUGUACAUUUUUGAGAGAGAGAAAUUAACCACUGGAUCAACUCACCAAGGGCUGUGGUGGAUUCUCCAUCAUUGGAAAUUUUUACAUCAAGAUUGGAUUUUUCUUCUAAAAGAUCUGCUCUAUUUCAAGAGGAAUUAAUGCAGGUGAGUCCUGUGGCCUCUGUCACACUAGGUCUGGGGUUCUCAAACUUCACUGUACUGCGACCCCCUUCUGACAACAAAAAUGACUACAUGACCCCAGGAUGGAGGAUCGAAGCCGAGCUCACCUGAGCCCUGUCGCCCCCGGUGAGAGGGCCAAAGACCAAGGGUUUCAGUCCCAGGUGGUGAGGCUCGGGCUUUGGCCCCAGCAAGUCGAAGACAGCCCUGGUGACCCCAUUAAAAUAGGGUCACGACCCAGUUUGGGAUCCUGACCCACAGUUUGAGAACCACUGCACUAGGUGAUCAAAGAGGCCCCUUCUGACUCGAGACGCGAAGAACCAAAUGUACCUUCCAUAGAAGACAUUGUUGAUCUCAAUGUACCUAGUUACUCAAAAAACAAAACACAAAAACAGGCCACCUAUUUAGGUGUCUAAUAUUGACUCAGGAGCCUAACUUUAGGGGCCCAAUAGAAUUACAGCAGUGUCAGGCUGGAAAGGAUCUCAAGAAUCCUCGAGUUCAUUCCCUGCACUGGGGCAGGCUUAAGUCUACCUACCCAUCCCAUCCCUGACAGACCUUUUUUUCUAACCUGUUCUGAACCACAUUUUAAACUGAAAACAGACUGUGUCAAGAUGAGUUUUUGCCAGUGAUGCAAAAAGUAACAUUACCGUUAACUAAAAAACACACCUUGUUUUUUUCCCUCCACCGGUAUAUUUUCCAUGACAUGGAGCUUGUACUGAUCAUAAAGGUUAAUGUUCGAUCCUUCUAGUCCUCUAGAGAGAUGUUUUGUUGGUUCGUUUCCUUUGCCCAGCCUAGCUUCACAUCAAUAUUACUCUAUAAAAAAGGUGUGUAAAAUAUCCUUAAUUGGGAAUUGAUCUGGAGAUCUUAUUUUCCUUCACCUAUAGGUGAUAAAUACAGUAAAAUAACUUACCGGUGUAUUUUAAAACAGUGGUGUUUAUCCUUAUUCUAACCCAUUUGCCUCAAUGCUGCUCAGUUACUGUGUAAAUCUGAUGCCUUUUUUUAUUACUGCAUAUGUAAGAGGGUAUUUUGUACUGUUAACAAUUUUAUCUUUAAUAAAACAAAUUCAGUAAC